GGUUAAAGCCUAUUCAAUUCCUGGAACUGGUGAAAAAGCAAAAGAUCCAAUUUUGGUACUAGCUCUCAAGCUACCGGCGAUCGUUUCAGGUGAGUUUCAUUUGUUCCUCGCUAGGCAUAUUCUUAUCGCAAAGUUCUUCCGGUACUCUCCAAGGACUAUCGUGCUGUAACAUUUGAUUGGCUAGGAAUGGCAACUAUUUGGUGUAGAAUCAAAAUAGAGCAAUUGGGAUGGCAAAGUUAUUGUUCACCAACGAAGGAGGUAAUGGCAGACCAUCUGGUUCUUCCAUGCUUUGGGAUAACACUUCGGAGACGAUUCGAUUUCAGCCCUUGAGGAUCUGCUUCAAUUGUGGUAUCAUAUCGUUCGGGCUUAAUUAAUGGUUUGGUCCCCUAACUUAUUUUUGCAUUUCAAUUUGGUCCCCUAAGUUUAAAUUGUCUCAAAUUGGUCCCCUAAGUAUACCUCCGUUUACGCAAUUGGUCCCUUCUGUUAAUUUUUGCCAAAAAACGUUAACUUUGUCCUUGCUGGCAUUCCACGUGGGCAUAACGUUACAAUUCUACAGAGUUAGAGAGAGAAUGAAGAAAACGUAGAGAGAGAAGGAGAAGAAAACCUAGAUCGCGAAUUUGAAGAUUGAAAGCGAAGAUUGAUGAAAAACUGAAAACAAAUUUGAUUUUUGAACUCGAAUCAACAUUCCAGAUGGACCAAAUAUUUGAGUGUGUGGUACAUCAUGCUGGGGAUUUUAGUAGCUUCAUGGACCCUAACUAUGUAGGACCAGUAGAAACACUAGACUGUGAGCCAGAUGUUUUCUCAUACUUUGCUUUGUUAGCAACCUUAAAAAGAUUAGGUUAUGUUAGUCUUAAUUCUCUGUGGUACUUUGAUCCUAGUAUGGAAGAUGGGAUGAUUCCUCUUAAUAGUGAUGUUGGGUGUAGAAGGAUGCAGAGUAUUGCCUAUGAAUUUGAUAAGGUUCAUUUGUAUGCUGUCCACCCUAUGUCACAACCUGAUGUUGUAGCUCUUGACCCAUUGAUAGAAUAUCCAUGUAUGGCCCCACCUGUCCCACCUGUUGUAAAUGAGACAAAUAUAGGUCCCAAUGAUGUAGGUCCCACUGGUGAAGGCAAAGAUGCUGAUUGUGGUGUGAGUGGUCCCACUAGUGAAGGCAAAGAUGCUGAUGAUGGUGUGAGUGGUCCCAACUCUGAUGUGAAUGGAAAUGGGCCUGAGUUGGACUUGAAUGACUUAGGCCCAAUGAUUGAGGAGGAUGACUUGUUUGGUGAGCAUGAGAAUGGGCCUGGAUUAGAUGAAGGUGGACACAAUGGAUUAAGAGAGGAUGAGUAUGGGCUAGGCAAUGAAGAGGGUGAUGUGAAUGUGGGUUCUGAUAGGGAAGAUAGUGCCUUGAAUGUACAUUUUAAUGACUCAGAUGUUGAGGUAUGUAUAGAAGGAAAUUUAGACAGUGAGGUGGGUGAGUCAACUGCUGGUAUUAAUGCUGAAACUGUGAAUGUUGAAACUGUGUUUGGUGAGGGAUCUGGUGCAAGAGAGAAUGAAGCCACUGUGAAUGAAGCAAAUGCUCAAAGUGAAGGUGUUGUUGGUGAGGGACCUGGUAAGAAGGGGAAUAAGAAGAAGUGUGGAUCUGGUAAGAAGAAGGGAGGAUCUGGUAAGAGGAGAGGAAGAGGAAGGCCUAAGAAAAAGAAAACUAAUGAAGAACAUGUGUUUGAAGAUGAUAUAAUUGAGACUAUUAGGAGAUCUGUUAACACUGAAGGAGAAGUAGGUGAGUCUAGUGUUGUGGGGGAGAAGGGAUUAAGUGAUGUGGAAGAAUAUAACUCUGAUGAGCUGGAUAGUGGGUCUGAUAGUGAUGAAGAUGGUGUGGGCAACCCUAAAUUCCCAACUUUCAAGAUGCCAGUCAGUAUGAAAGGCUAUAAAUGGGAGGUAGGUACUUUAUUUAUGACAAAGGUUGAAUUUCAAGAUGCUGUUAGAAGUUUUGCUGUUGAGAAUUGUAAGGAUUUGAAGUUCAAAAAAAAUGAUAAAAGGAGAGUUGUAGUUGUUUGCAAGGGUGAAGGUUGUGAAUGGAAGAUGUAUUGUGCACCUAUUCCAGGUGAGGAAACAUGGCAGUUGAGGAAAGUUACAGCUGAUGAUCAUACAUGUGGUACAGAAUUUAGAGUGAAGUUGAUGAACUCUAAAUGGCUAGGUUCUAAACUACACACAAGAGUAAGAGAGGACAGGGACAUAAAGGUUACAACUAUUAUGGACAGGGCACAGCUGAAGUGGGGUGUGGGUGUCAACAGAAGCAAAGCUUAUAGGGCAAAGAAUUAUGCAGUACAAUUUGUUGAAGGUAGCUUUAGAGAUCAAUAUAGAAGAUUACAUGAUUAUGGUGGUGAAUUACUUAGAUCCAAUCCACAUUCAUCUGUAACCAUUACUAGUACUCCUUACAUAGGGACUGAGGCUGACUUAGAAAAUCCUGAAGCCGUAGUGUGUCCUCACUUUCAGAGAAUGUAUGUGUGUUUUAAGGGAUGUAGGGAUAGUUUCUUCAAGUGCAGGCCUAUUAUUGGUCUUGAUGGGUGUUUCCUUAAGACCCCUUAUGGUGGAAUGCUAUUGACUGCAAUUGGAAUGGAUCCUAAUGACCAAAUACUUCCAAUUGCAUAUGCUGUUGUGGAAGGAGAGAACAAAGAAUCAUGGAUGUGGUUUCUGGAGUUUCUCAUUGCUGAUUUGGGUGGCACAAGACUUUGCAAUACUUACACUAUAAUUAGUGACCAGCAAAAGGGACUUUUGCCAGCAAUUGAUACCUUGCUUCCUCAAGCUGAGCAGAGGUUUUGUGUCAGACACCUUUACAACAACUUUAGGAAGAAAUUCCCUGGCAAAAAAUUGAAAGAAUUGAUGUGGAGGGCUGCCAAGUCAACAUACAGAAAUGCAUUUGAGAGGGAGAUGAUGGCAAUCAAAGCAAUUAGUGAGGAAGCAUUUGAUUAUUUGUGUCAGAUUGAGCCUAGGCAUUGGACUAAGGCAAUGUUUAAAGGUGAUUCAAAGUGUGACACACUUGUCAACAACAUAUCAGAAGCAUUUAAUUCUGUAAUUGUUGUUCCAAGGUCCAAGCCUAUUGUUUCAAUGUUGGAGGAUAUCAGGGUUUAUGUGAUGGAGAGGUGGCAGAAGAAUAGGGAGAAAAUUGCUAAGUAUGUUGAUGGUGAGGUACUGCCAAAUAUAAAAAAGAGACUUGAAAAGGAAUCUUCUUAUACAAAUAAUUGGCUAGUAAGGCAAGCUGAUGAUAAUGAUUUCCAAGUUACACAUAUUUCAAACACUGGAGACAAAUAUGCUGUAAACUUGUUGGAUAAAGUAUGUGAUUGCAGGAAAUGGCUAUUGACAGGACUUCCAUGUUGUCAUGCCAUUGCUUGCAUGAAGCACAAAAACUAUAGGAUAGCUGACUAUGUUCCACCAAUAUUCAAAAAAGAGCAGUAUGCUGCAUGUUAUUCCAGCAUAAUUCUUCCUGUCAAUGGCCAAGACUUAUGGAAGAGGACAGAAUGCACUGAUCUUCAACCACCACCUGUGAAAAGGCAACCUGGUAGACCUAAAAAGAAGAGGAGAUUGGAUGCAAGUGAGCUGAUGAGAAACAACUCAGAAAUGAAGAGAGCUACAUAUGGAAGUAAGUGUAGUAGUUGCAAGCAAACUGGACACAACAAGUCAACAUGCCCACUACCUACACCAGCAAUAAAUCAAACUGCACCAUCUGCUCAUGCACAAGCAACUUCUCAGGCAGCACCAUCUGCUCAUGCCCAUGCAUCUUCUCAGCCAGCACCAUCUGCUCAUGCACAAGCAACUUCUCAUCCAGCACCAUCUGCCCAUGCAUCUUCUCAGCCAACACCUUCUGCUCAUGCACCAUCUGCUCAUGCUCAUGCGCAUACAUCUUCUCAGCCAGCCCCAUCAAAGACUCAAGCAUCUCAGCAACCAACUCUGAAGAAAAAGAGAUCACCUAGAAAAAGAAAGAAUGUGGACCAUGUUGCUGCAACUCAGCCAACCCAAGCAAAAAAAAAAGGAAAGAGUGUGCCAAAGAAGAAUGCAGUAUCUGCAUCUCAGCCUUAGUUAUUUACUUCUGAAAGUAAUAUGUGCUAUUAAGCACUUUUUAAUAUCUUUUGAAAUUUAAGCACAAAUUUUGAAGUAAUUUAGUAUACAACAUCUGAUGUAAUAUGUGCUUGUUGACUGUUAAGCACAAGUUCAAUUUCUUUUUUGGUUUGAAAUGUGUAUGCACUUGUUGACUGUUAAGCACUUAGUGCUAUACCAUUGCUACUGGCAUUUGAUGUAUUAUGUGCUAUAAUGCACUUUUGAAUUAAUGAAAUGAUGUGCUAUUAUGCACUUUUAUAAUCCA